AUGUUAUCGAUAUUGCUUCUGUUAUGCUGUACGGCUUCAAUUAAUGGUAUGGAAAGCGGAUUUACGUUUCUUCUCGGAGCUAGAAAACGGGAAUGUUUUUUUGAAAAUCUGAAAGUCAACGUGUCCUUGGAUUUGGAAUAUCAGGUAUUACCGUAACUAGAGAUAUUUAGUUGAACAGAUUUCUUAGAAUUCUGUAAGAACUGUUAUAUUUGUUAACUUUUUGUGGUAUUUAUAUACUGUCAAAUCGGUCCAAUAUAAAUUUAUCAUUGAUUGUUUACUUUAAUCAAUAUAUUUACAGCAAUGAUUUUAAUCACAGAACUGCAGGCUCGAUUCCUGCAAGAGGCCUAUAUAAAUCCACUGCUUGAAAUAUCUAUCUGCAAAAACAGUUCAACUAUAUAUUCAAUAUAUUAAUCCGACUUUUUAAUUUGUCUGCCAUCUCAUUUUGAAGACUUAUUUUUUGCAAUUAUUCCCCCUACCCUAUCACAAUAUUCACAGACCAUUUAACCCUUAUUUUCCUAGAAAAGUCAGUGUUGCCAAAACCAGUUCACGUACUGUAAACCUGUGAAUACAAGCCCACCCGAAUAUAAUUAAGCCCUCCCCCUGUGUAUAAGCCCACCAUGUUCACUAAUGCUCAGGCCAUUUUGAUUAUAAGCUGCCCCCCCCCCCAAAAAAAAAAGAAUACAAGCCCCUCUGUAUAACCCAUGAUGAUAAUUAUAUUAAGUAUAAUGUUAACCAACUUGUUUUAUUAAGUGUUAUAUACUGUAUGUUUAUAUUUCAUUCAUGUUAUGUAGUUCAAUAAAUAUUAUCACUAACACCAAACCACACCAAACGUUGCCUGUGUAUAAGCCCCCCCCUUCCCCCAUGGAUAAGCCCAUCAAAAAAUGCUUACAAUCCCAUUGCUUACAACCCAUUGCUUACAGGUAAUUCAAUUCUGUCAAAGUCAAAAUCAAAAACCCUCAACCUCUAAGCAUGUAAAUUAAGCCUGAUCAACAUGCAUACAGUAUUAUAUGAAAAUGAUAGUCUGAACAAUCCAUACUUUAUGCUGUUGUGACGUUCCACAAGCCAUUUUGAUAUUGGCAUUCCCGUUGCUUCUCGCAUUUUCAGACCUGCCAAGGUUCCCGCAUUUUGCGUGAAAGUUACGCAUUCUGCUUUUGUUCCGCACGCAUAACUAAAAUGAUCUUAAAGUAACGCAUUUUUGCCAUUAUAUGACGCUAUCCCACUUUUCGUACAAUAAUUCAUUGGGUGUAAAAAAAAUACCUGUGGUUCUGGUUUCAUAUCGUGAAAAAAUUGGGGUCGGUAGGUCGAAAAUAAUUUUUUUUUAAAUAUUUUCAUGAUUUUGGCGUUUUUUUUUUGCUGGGCGAUUUGCAGUAGAGUCCCGACAUCAAUAUUAACUAGAGAUGCGUAUUUCCUAUGGACGAAUUUAGGCAGUUUGGUUCAAUAAUUAGUAUGACAACAGACACCAUUUUGGCACGCUGUUUGAGCAGCCCGCAACCACCCGGAAAAAAUAGGGUUGCACAGUCAAUUGCUUUGAAAAAAUAAUAGGGUCGGCAGAAAAAAAUAGGGUCGGGAACCGGAACCACAGGUAUUUUUUUUUACGCCUUGACAACGCUUUGUGCAAACGUAGAAUUAGAGUUAACAACGUUAGAAUUAACGUCAGACGCAUCGUGGCCUGCGAUACAUUGGCCAAAUAUAUGCUUUCUGACGAUCUGGAGACUCCAAAUUUCCAAACUUUUCUCAAUUUUCCUGGUCACAUUAAACUGUAAGUAACACUGUCAUAUUGAUCAGUAGUUAUUUUAGUUAUCUUUAUUGUUAGGCAUGCGGUAGUAAAACAUUGAAACUUUGGGUAGGAAAGACUUUAAAAUGCUAUUUCCGACGGUCUAGAGAAUUCAAAUUUUCAAAAUUUUUUGCUCGGCGCCAACCAUGAUGGCGCCUUGUGGGUGUCCCCCAAAGGCAAAGUCCUCGCAACGGCCCCGGGUCAUGCAUUCUUAUCUUCUGAACUUGGCAGGUCUGCAUUUUAUUUGCUCGUCUAACCCAAUUCAAUAGCAAACCUGGCGGAAUUCAUUGGAUUUUUAAACUUUUUAAUGUUAAUUAAUUAAAGAAAGUUGUUUGUGCUAACAUGUAUGCAUAAACAAUCUCAAUAAUAAUAACGGUUUUGUACAUUAGGUGAUUGAAGGCGGUGAUCUUGAUAUAAACUUCGAAGUGUUCGAUCCAAACAACAAACGCUUGAUCCAUGCUGAAAAGUCAUCGGAUGAAUCGCACGAACUUGAAAUAAAACUACCAGGAAUAUACAGUUUUUGUAUUGAUAAUAGCUUCAGUAGCAUAACAUCCAAAAUGGUGUACCUUGACUUAGGAAUAACGAGGGAAGAUGAAGAAUUGGGGAGGGAUCAUCAAUUUGAAACUGUUUUUAAUGUUUAUGUAAGUACAUUGUCUAUUUUCUUGCUUUGAAUUUUUGGUAUGGGAUGAUUCAAAUACACCCUUCCGGAAAUUACUCAGCAUUGGCUAAUGUACAGGGAUUGAAGUGUCUAUUAACCUGUUAUUGCAGCUUUAAUUAAGCUGUGUGUAGUAAAUGCAAUGUUCCCAAAUGCCGCAGACUUUAUUAUUUUAUUCUGUCUAACCCCAGAUGAUUUUACUUGUUAAUGGGAGAGUCUAAAUGGGUCAACCAAACUAUCUACCAAUUGAUGUGUCUUGUUAACCCAUUUUUCAAUGUCACAUAUUUGCAAUGAAAAGUGUUCAAAACCUAAAAUCCUUUUGGUGUUCCUCUCAAAAUUACCUUGUUUUAGCUUUUAUAUUUUGUAGUUUACAUAGUUGGCAACCUUUUUAAAUAUAUCUGGCAGUUGAGAAACACAAAAUAAUAAUUAAAUAUUGAUAAUUUAAAUACAAUUAUGAAAAAUUUAUGCCAUAUAUUUGUACAGCAAUCAGUAGGUCAAACUUACUGAACUACAGACAUCAUUUUCUCUACUGCAUACCAUCUAAAAUCUUUUUCAUUUUAGCAUACUUUUACAGAUAAAGCAUUAUAGAAAUAUAUCAAAAAUUUAAAAUUUUGAAUAAAGUCAUAACCAAGUAAAAAAGUACAUAUAUUCAUUAGUGUUUGGCAUGUGUUAAAUAGCAUAGAAAUGAUUCCUCUUUUAAUGCAUUAAGCUGCAAUCAACUUUAUUGUCUUACUCUGUCUAAUGCCUGACCAUUUUAGUUGUCAAGGGGAGAGCCUUGUGAGUUAAUAUUUUAUUAUGCUAUGUGGCAUAGAGGAUACUUGUUACCUGCCUCCCCCCCAAAAAAAAAGAAAACCCCCAAAAAACAAACAAACAAACAAACAAAACCAAGGAAACUUUAGGAAUGUUGAGAAUAGUUCAGACAGAUUUAUCACAAAAAUAUCAUUUAAUUACGCACCAGACACAUUAGUGAUAAUUCUAUUAGAAAAUGAAUAAAAAAUUAUUUGCAUUCAUUUCAUGCCCACAAUCAUAGCUAGUGUGAACUCAUAAAUUGCAUUUCUUAUCCAGGAGAAUAUCGAGGGAAUCCGCACAAAGCUAGACAAAGCCAGUUCGUACCAGGGUGCAUUGCGGGCGAAGGAGGCAAGACAACGUUACUAUCUCGAGGGAAAUUAUUCCCGUGUCAUGUGGGUAUCGUGUACGGCAAGUAUAAUAAUGAUUAGUGUUGGAUUAGUCCAGGUAUAUUUUGUUCGCCAUUUAUUUGAUCAACGAAACAAAAGUAGAAUUUAGUAUCAUCGAAUAAAUUUUGGGUGUCAUGCCCUAGAUAUUUUGCAAAAAAGGUUUAAAAUGUUUGUCAAAUAGUAGUAUAUUUUGGGGGGGAAACAACGAAACUGUGUGGAUAUGGUUAAGUUCUUGAAAAUAUAAAAUAAAAAUGUUUUGAAAUUUUGUGUAUCUCAGGCAAGAAAGGAUCUCAGCUUGAGCAGCAUAUGCUAA